GUGCGUCAUUUUUAGAAACGCCGCGAAUAUUGUGGUUUCUUUUCGAAUUUCACAAAUUGCAAGCUGAAAAAAAGAGCAGAAAUGUCCGGAACAUCUCAGAAGUACAAGAAUUUUGUGGCGGAACCGAUGGGUAACAAGUCGGUGACGGAGUUGGCGGGAAUCGGCGAAACCCUCGGCGGUCGCUUGACGGAAGCUGGAUUUGACAAGGCGUACACCGUUUUGGGCCAGUACCUGGUGCUGAAGAAGGACGAGGAGCUCUUCAAGGACUGGAUGAAGGAGGUGUGCCACGCGAGCUCCAAACAGGCGUCCGAUUGCUACAACUGCCUCAACGACUGGUGCGAGGAGUUCUUGUAAGGGGAGAAUGCUAUCCCAACACGAGUAUUUCGAUCAAAAGAAUCUGCUAAGGACAAACAAAUAAACUCAAAUCACGGCCAAACUGUGGCGCAAUCUAGCUAAGCAUUUCAUGUUCAUAACACUGUUAGUACCUAGUUUAUAUGUAAAAAUUAAUGUCUAUCCGGAAUAAAUGUACAGUCAUGGAAAGGA